GCGAAUGAAUCCUGUACGUAUCGCCUCGUAGUAGUCGAAGGUUGUUCACUCCCACCGUCGCGCGAUCAGCCAUCUGCACGUGCUUUGCGCUCGCAGCCACACAGCGUUUGUCUUCCUGACUGUCGCGCGAUUUCUCCAUUGCCGGCGCACUCUUCCUGAUCAAUACUCGUCAGAAAAUUCGUCAGCAAAAGCGACAGUUCAAAACUUUUGCUCUUAGUUUUGAAAAUGCUUCCUGGCAGCCAAAGUGUCGGAGCUCAGCUCUGCGGCAGCGAGAAAUCUCCCAACGACAACCGGAAGUCCCGCUUCCGCAUCGUGGUGAUGGGUGCCGCUGGCGUGGGCAAGUCAGCCAUCAUCUCUCAGUUCCUGUACGACCACUUCCAGAUCGAGUACAACGAGACUAUCGAAGAACUGCACCAGGGUGAGUACGAUUUUGACGGCACGCGCCUGACCCUGGACAUCCUGGACACGGCGGGGGCUUACUCCUUCCCGGCCAUGCGCGAGCUGGCCAUCGCCACCAGCGACGCCUUUGUGCUGGUGUACUCCGUGGACGAUGAGUCGUCCUUCGAGGCUGUCACCAAGCUGCGCGAGCAGAUCCUGACGGAGAAAAACAGCAACGACGUGCCCAUGGUCAUCGUGGCCAACAAGACGGACGUCGGUGACGACAAGCGGUCCCUGGGCCGAGAGACUGCCGAGUCCAUCGUGUGCGUGGACUGGGGCAACGGCUACGUGGAGGCAUCGGCUAAAAACAACGUCAACAUCGUCGGCAUCUUCAAAGAGAUCCUCCGUCAGUCCAAGAUCCCCUACGCCCUCAGCCCUGCCGUACGACGACGACGACAGUCCACGCCAGCGGCUUUCACGCAGAUGAAGAAGAAGAUCCAGGUGAAGCAAACCCGCUCUCAGCGUCAGAGCUGCUCGUAACCAUGACAUUUCACAGACCUUCUCUCUGGUGUCCACUCGUGCUCGGUAUGACCAGCGCCAAGCGCUUUCACUCUGAUGUAUAGAUGUGAAGGAGAGUGAGAAAUUGAAGAAAGGUUGUUUGUUGCAGUAAUGAUGAGAAAAGAUAAUAAUAAAUAUCGCCUAGCAAUAGAAUGUAAAAUGACGAAUGUGAAGCUUAGUGGAAGUGACUGUAAUGGAGUCUCUGGUCAUUUUAGAGUUCAGACAAUCUGUACCACACUGAACAUGCAAUGCGUCUUCGUUCUUGCCCUUGGGGUGGCCUCCUUUGUUCAGUGGACAUGAUGGAGCGAGAAACGAGACGGGGACAGAUUAGCGAGGCAAUUAUCUGAUUUAAAAAUGUCUGUUAUUGCCGUUCCAAUGGAGGUCACUGUGCGAAGACUAUGCGAGUGGCCUUGGACUUUGAAAGACAAGCAUUCCGCAAAUAUUAACUGAUUGACCAGAUGGACGAAAAAUGCAACUGCUAUUUUGUAAAUAUAUUCGUAUGUAAAUAUAUCAUGGUGUAUGCAUUUAUAUGCACGCGUACACAUGCCUGGCGAACGCGCACGCUCACGUAUGUAUCACAGGACAGGCGAGACUGGCGCAAAGAGAAAGGUUGAACUUAUUUUUAUAUUUGCGAGUGUUUUGUACAUUGUCAUACAAAGACUGUAGUGCAGCUGGAUGCGAGCCUCCCAUCUGUUUGUGUCCAUGCAUAUCUUGAAACAUGUCGUAUCCCUAUGUGCGAUAAAAACAUUGUUACUUUCAUACAAAUGGUCAUCGGUCAGCCGGAUGAUACCAUGUCGCCUCAAUGGUUUUGUUUUGUUUUUGUUUUGUUUUUUUUGUUUUGUUUGUUUUGGUUUUUUUUUCUUUUUGUUUUUAUUUUGGUUGUUGUUUUUUGUCAGCAACCACUGCUCUUCGUGAAAGAAAUGGAUUGUUGCCAGAAGACAUAAACUGACACGGUUGCAUCGCUUAAAGCUAGCUUAAAUUUUCUGUUGAUUUAUUCGAUUUAUUUUUCUUUUGCUAAGGACUUCUUUUUUCCAGCCUGUAAAUCUGCUUCUGUGUUCUGUUGUCUCUCUCAUUCAUAAUUUUAAGAACUCGGUUUUCUGUGACACAUGCGUAGAAAUUGCUUUGUUUCUCACUUAACAUCAAAUCAAUUAAUGUUUUCCUGAGAAUUCAAAAUUCGUCGGCACUAGAAGCUCUGUAAUGACAAAUAUUUAUAGUUACAUUCUCAUGAGGCACGCUCAUUCUUGAUAAGAGAGACUGUCUGCUACCUACUGUCAUCAGCUUCUGACAAUCACGAGAUUUACCUUGUGUCUGUGUGUCUGUGUGUCUGUGUGUCUGUGUGUCUGUGUGUCUGUGUGUCUGUGUGUCUGUGUGUCUGUGUGCACCAUGUCUCUGUAUGCUUUAGGAGACCUUUGCUUUGACUGUGUGUUUAAGGACCUGCUCGGAGGUGCUCAAAGCCAUUUGUGUCUUGAGUGUUGGGUAAAGAUUUAUUUUGUCAAUGGAUUUGUACUGCUGUACUUGCGAAGAAAGCCGGCGCUUUCAAACAAUGUCUUAAUAUGUUGCUGUCACAAAAUGCCAUUGUCUCUCAUGAAAAGGACUGUGGCUUCUCACAGAUUUUUAUACUGACAAUAAAAGUUAUCAAAACAUU